AUGCACGUCUACUUGCAGGAUGCGCCGCGAGUGAUCGCACUCGUCUCAGAUGACAACGAGACAAACAUCGUCGGCCAUGCGUCCGAAAAGCUCGCUUCUGCCACGGCAAUCCUCGUCUCGACGCAGGCGGCCGCAGCGACGAACGACAAUGCUUCCGCACUAACAGGCUCCACCGCAGCCAAUGCGGCCCCGACCGCCAAGGCGGUGGUAGAGGUGGUCAAGGAGGAGGAGAUACAAGCCCUUAACCUGCAGAGACUGACUACAAAGCCAAUAUACGGAUGCCUCGGUCUCAUCAAUGUUGGCCAAGACCUGUUUGUGGCUGUCGUUAAGGCAGCCCAAGAGGUUGGAGCUAUUCGACCCGGCGAGACGGUGAUGCGCAUCACCGCCGUCUCCUUCUACUGCGUCAACCGCUCGACAUGGGACGAUACGCUCAUCUCGGAAGCUCCAGGCUCGCAACCAGAGACAUACGAAUCAUACGGACCAGGCCACGAGGGGGCCGUCACACAGCCAAGCGUAUACGAGCAUCCAUGCACUAGCUUAAAGAAGCUUCUGAGCACAGGAACCUUCUACUUUGCGCAGGGCGGCACCUUCGACCUUUCGACACGACUCGACCAGCGUCUUGCCGGUGCGAAAUCAGGCCAAAAGCUGGGUCACGACAUCUCGCAUUACGACGGCCGCUUCGUAUGGAACAACUAUAUGAUCGAACCGCUCAUUAGCUUUCGCGAACGUCUCGACAAAGCAGAUCGAGCCAGGAUUGACAGUGGUUGCUUCCUGCUCUUGGCCAUUCAGGGAUUCGUCGGCGCCUUCCAAGCGACGCAAUCCGCGGUUCCUGGUUCGACAGCUGCCGAUGGCGCUACUUCUUCGUAUUCAGCAGCCACGGCUGCAAAGGCAACGGCAACAUUAGCUUUGAUCAGUCGUCUCAGCUGGAAGAGGGCAGGGACACGCUUCAACACACGCGGCGUUGACGAUGAUGGCAAUGUCGCCAACUUCGUAGAGACCGAGACGCUCUUCAGCGACGGCAACGCCACGUUCACCUACCAUCAAGUCCGCGGCUCGGUUCCUCUCUUCUGGGAGCAGCAGGGUCUUCAAGCCUUCAAUGCCAAGAUUCAGAUCACUCGCUCACGCGGUGCCUCGCAGCCAGCCUUCGACCGCCAUUUUGCCGACCUGAUCUCGCACUACUCCCGCAUCCACGCCAUCAAUCUCCUCGGCAUUCGUGAUGCAGAGACGGUCCUCACGUCGGCCUACGCAGAACACAUGCGAAAUAGUGCAGCAGAAAAGAUCGCAAUCCUGCCAUCGGACGAGUCGACCUGUGUUCAGGGCGACGUUGUGCUGGACGACGGAUCCGAGCGCCUUGGCCUGACCAAUUUCGACUUCCACACGGUCUCUCGCAACACGGGAGGAAUCGACGGCGUCCGUAGCGAGCUCCGCUAUCUCGGUCCUGUGCAGCUCAAGCGCAAAGCGUUCGGCUACUCGCUCAUCGAUGGCGCGACGGGCAAGUUGCUUCGACGCCAGAAGGGCGUCUUCCGAACAAACUGCCUCGAUUGCUUGGACCGCACCAACGUCGUCGAGGAUAUGCUCUCGCGUUCCAUGCUCGACACCUUCUUCGAAUCUGCAGCCAGUCGCGAUCCUUCUUACGUGUCGUUCCAGGACCCUCAUCAUCCCAUUUGGGUCUCGCAUCGUGUGCUCUGGGCAGAGAACGGCGACGCACUCUCCAAGAUCUAUGCGGGAACAGGCGCGCUCAACACAAGCUUCACCAGGACCGGAAAGAAGACGCUCGGCGGCCUCCUCAGCGACGCCGCGAAAAGCGCAGGCAGGAUGUACAUCAACAACUUCCAGGACAAGAACAAGCAGAAUGUCAUCGAUGCGCUGCUCGGCAACAUGGCAAAUCAAAGGCCCGUCACCGUAUUUGACCCCGUCCUCGAUAGCGUCACCGCAGAGCUGAAUGCUAGGGUCGACGAGUAUUCUUCCAGCCGGGACAUCACAAUUCACGUUGGCACGUACAACCUCAACGGCAAAGCGCCCGGCGAGUCGCUCAUUCCCUGGCUCUUCCCAGACGGCGAGGAUCGCGAGCCGGACAUCUUUGCCAUCGGUUUUCAGGAGAUUGUGCAGUUGACGCCUCAGCAGAUCCUCAUGACCGAUCCUGACAAAAUCCGUACGUGGGAGGCCAAGAUCAUGGACACGAUCGCGCGCAGGCGGGGCGGACGCUCGCGCUACAUUCUACUGCGCAGCGAACAGCUCGUAGGAACGGCUCUCGUGAUUCUGAUCAAAGAGGAGCUUGUCAACGAUGUGAGGCUGGUCGAAGCAGCAACACGCAAGACUGGUUUGAAGGGAAUGAGCGGCAACAAGGGCGGUGUGGCGAUCCGCAUGGACUAUUACGAUACAGCAUUAUGCUUUGUGACAGCCCACUUGGCUGCCGGACAUUCGGCGUGGGAAGAGAGGAACGCCGAUUACUGGACCAUCACCCGCGGUCUAUCCUUCGCACGCGGCAAAACGGUCGGCAACCACGACCAUGUCAUCUGGCUCGGCGAUUUCAACUACCGCAUCGAUCUGACCAACGACGCUGUCCGCUCCAUGGUGGCACGAGAGGAUCUUGGUGGACUCUACUCGCGAGACCAGCUUCGUCGCAGCAAAGACGCCGGCGAAGUCUUCCCUGGCUACCAAGAAGGUCCCAUCACUUUUGCGCCCACAUACAAGUACGAUAAUGGCUCGGAUCAGUACGACUCUUCGGAAAAGCAGCGCAUCCCGGCAUGGACCGACCGCAUCCUCUAUCGUGGACUUGGGCUGCGUCAGCUAGGCUAUGCUAGAGCCGAGCUCAAGACGAGCGAUCACAGGCCAGUGUACGCUUCGUUUGUUGGACCUGUCCGCAUCGUCGACCAUCUCAAGCGAGACACAAUACGAAAGCAGCUUCUGCUGGAGAAGAAGGCCACCGAUGGUAUCGUAGGAGGAGCUGAUGUGUCGUCCGACGAAUCGGCAGAUGACUCGAGUCUUCCUGACCCCUCAGAUGACCAUCAGCAGUGGUGGAACCAGCCAGGAUCUGCUGACGAAGACGACGGUAGCGAGGAUGGAGGCGUGGAUGAGAUGAAUCCUUUCCGCAAAGACGGCGCAGGAGGAUCGAAGCAAAUCUUCUCUGCCACGGACGAGGCGCGAGAUGGGACUUCGUCAGCCAGGAACAAGGAGCUUUUGGACCGCUCAAGCGUCAGCUCGACGCCGGUCUCACCCACCAUUGCGUCUCGGUCCACAGAAGCUGUCCCAACUCCCGGGGCUCCUCUGCGCAAGACAAUCUCCACGUCGCCGACCGUCGAAAGGAGAAUCGCGUCAGGGCCAGCAUCGCUUGCCAAUGGACGCUCUGCUCCGCCUCCGAUUCCAAGCAAGCCUCCCGCAGUGUCGUCCGGCGCGAACGGCAGCGGCACAGCUGUGCAGGCGUCCGUACUGUCAUCGUCGCCUGCGCCGCCUGAGCUGCCAAAGAGACCGCGGAUGGGCUCAAGGUCUGCCUCUUACUCGUCGACCAAGUCUAAGAAGAGCUUGCUGGAUGAUAGCGAUUGA